CCCCGCGUGGCUAUGGCGGUGAUGGCGAUGGCGGCUGCGCUGCGGGGACCCAGCGGGCGCUUCCGGUGGCGGACACAGGCCACGGCGGGCGGGGUGCGGGGCUCGGCAAGGGGCGCAGCAGCAGGGAGGCAGGACUACAAUCUUCUGGUGAUUGGCGGGGGAUCUGGCGGCUUGGCUUGUGCCAAGGAAGCCGCUCAGCUGGGAAUGAAGGUGGCCGUGGUAGACUAUGUGGAGCCUUCCCCCCGAGGCACCAGGUGGGGCCUAGGCGGCACGUGUGUGAACGUUGGCUGCAUCCCCAAGAAGCUGAUACACCAGGCAGCGCUGCUGGGGGGUAUGAUCCGCGACGCUCCCCACUACGGCUGGGAUGUGGCCCAGCCGGUCCUGCAUGACUGGAGGAAAAUGGCAGAAGCUGUUCAGAAUUAUGUGAAAUCCCUGAACUGGGGGCACCGGGUCCAGCUUCAGGAUAGAAAAGUCAAGUACUUUAACAUCAAGGCCAGCUUUGUCAAUGAGCACACGAUUUGUGGUGUCACUAAAGGUGGGAAAGAGACUUUGCUUUCCGCGGAGCAUAUCGUCAUUGCUACUGGAGGGCGGCCAAGGUACCCCACCCACAUCGAAGGCGCCUUGGAAUAUGGAAUUACAAGUGACGACAUCUUCUGGCUGAAGGAGUCCCCUGGAAAAACGUUGGUGGUCGGAGCCAGCUAUGUGGCCCUAGAGUGUGCUGGCUUCCUCACUGGGCUCGGACUGGAUACCACUGUCAUGAUGAGAAGCAUCCCCCUCCGGGGCUUUGACCAGCAAAUGUCUUCCUUGGUCACAGAGUACAUGGCCUCUCAAGGCACCAGGUUCCUGAAGCACUGUACCCCAUCAAGAGUGCAGAAACUUCCAGACGGCCAACUCCAGGUCACCUGGGAGGACCUCACCUCUGGCAGGGAGAACAUGGGCACCUUCAGCACUGUCCUGUGGGCCAUAGGUCGAAUUCCAGAAACCAGAAGUCUGAAUUUGGAGAAUGCUGGAAUAAACACCAGCCCCAACAGUCAGAAGAUUCUGGUUGAUGCUCAGGAAGCCACCUCCGUCCCCCACAUUUAUGCCAUCGGAGAUGUAGCAGAGGGGCGGCCCGAGCUGACACCCACGGCUAUAAUGGCAGGAAAACUCUUGGCCCGGCGCCUGUGUGGUCAGUCCUUAGAUGUGAUGGAUUACAGCAACGUGCCCACCACAGUCUUCACCCCGCUGGAGUAUGGCUGCGUGGGGCUGUCAGAGGAGGAGGCCAUGGCUCGCCACGGAGAAGAGCAUGUGGAGGUUUAUCAUGCAUAUUAUAAACCACUGGAGUUCACAGUGGCAGAACGGGAUGCAUCCCAGUGUUACAUAAAGAUGGUGUGCCUACGGAAGCCCCCACAGCUGGUGCUGGGCCUGCACUUCCUCGGCCCCAAUGCAGGUGAAGUCACUCAAGGAUUUGCUCUGGGGAUCAAGUGCGGGGCCUCCUACGAGCAGGUGAUGCGGACGGUGGGCAUCCACCCCACCUGCGCUGAGGAGGUAGCCAAGCUGCGCAUCUCCAAGCGCUCGGGCCUGGACCCUACCGUGACAGGCUGCUGAGGGUAGGCAGCCAUCCCUGCCAGGCCAAGGGCACACGGCGUGCCUGCCGCCCCCACAACCAGGCUCUUUUGAGGCUCAGAUCCAGGACGCAGAAGGCCGAGCCUGGGCAAGCCUCACCUCUGCUGGGAGAGCCCCUCAGGUAGUCAGCGUGGGUGGCGUCUGGACAGACCCCCUGUGUGCCCUGCAGGGAUGGCUCCAAGGGUUGUCAGCCCCUGACCUCGCACACCCUCCUGCCUGGGCCAGCCCCGCCAGGCCCCUGAUGCCAGAAGAUGACGAUGUGCACAGAAACCCACCCUGUGGGCUGUCCAUGUCCGAGCCCCCCUGGUGUCUCUGGAAUGUAAAUAAAGAGGGUGUUUCCCUGACAUAUGCUCCACCUGUGCUGUCCCUGAUGCACCCCUCCCCCAGGAUGACCCAGGUGGGGGUGGGGCCUGGCUGCCCAGCCUGUCACACGUACACCCCAUACCCCCCCACCCCGAACCCCACAGCCACGCCUCAGAAGACCCUGACCCUUUUCUCUCAGGAACAGGGAGCACGGCCGUCCCUCCCAGGGCCCUCUGCUGGGUCUCUGUGCAUCUCACAGCAAGGCAGGCCCUUGAGAGGGGUGGGAAGCCACUGGCUUUGUUCCAGAGCAACCUGCCAGUGGUGUGGCCCAGUGACAGGAGUUGGCAGGGGUGUUGGAGGCUUUCUGUCCCCUGAACGUCAGGCAUCUCAUUACGUUUCCAUUGUGGCCCUCCCAGCCAGCUUGUCUGCUGUGCUCAGGCUAAUCCUGCACAUUGAGGCUUGAUGGGUCGAGGGAGCGCCCUUCGGCACCCGGCCGCACCUGUCAGUCACUGCAGAGAGACAGUGCUGACAGUGACGGGCAGGGCCCUGCAUUGUGCUGAGGCUUUAGCGGUGGUUAAUCUUGUGUCUUCCUUAAGAAAACAUCACUUAGUCUACCCGCCCGGGAGCCCUGGAUGGGACCCUGCUUGUCAGCGAACAAAGGAAUGUCUUUGCACCUAAUGGGCCUACGGGAGCCUCAGACACUCGCCUGCUUGGUGUGAAGCGUGUGCAGGAGCUCUCAGACGCCCAAUUAAGAUGCCGAGUGCAGGGCCGGGCCAUCGCCCUCUUGACAAGUGCGGCAAGAGAUCAGCCGUGUCCCAUUUAACGCACGGUUGGCGGCGCGCCCCUGCCUUGGAAGGUGCAGGGAAAGCUCCCAUGUGCACCGGGGGUGAGGCGUUCCCCUGCCUUGGAGGCAGAGGGUGAGGUCUGCAGAGGGAGGUCAGCUAACGUAGCUGAGCUGCUGGGGGUGUCAGGAAGGCCCCCUUGGAGUUGGGCUGGGCCCCUUCCAUGGGGCAAACAAGGAACUUGAAGUGGCUUCGUUGUUUUUCAUGAUGGCAGAAAUGAUGUAGCCUGUGUGGGAGCCAUCAGCACACACCAGGCAGUCUCUGGGGCGAGGACUUUCCACCUCCCUGCUCAUGCCACCAGUCAGCCAGAGCGCCAGCCCCGUGUCCUUGACCCCACAGUCCCCUACCACCAGUGGUUUUCUCCAGGCACCCUUUGCCCUAGAACAGACCUUGCUCCAGCACACUUGCUAUGUCUGUAACAGCCACUGUCUCCACACUGUGUCCGGCCAGUUCACCCAGCUUGUGUCUUCCUCUAGGAAGGAAAGAAGCAUCUGCGGUGCUGCGCCCUGCCAGCCUCAUUGUCUAGUCAUGCGGGGACUCAGGACACCUCUUGAGGGAUGCGUCCUAUGUGGCCUUGAGGCUCCACAGCCCCUGUCCAGGAGGCCUCAGGCCCACUGGCCCCCCCUGUAUGGGGACUCACACCUUCCUGGCAAACUGUGGGCAGAGGCCUGGCCCAAUUCACAAAGCCAAUGGGCAUUCCAUGCAAAAGUCUGCCACAAAAGGCCCAGCGCUGACAACUGCCAUCACCUGGGCCACAUUCCGGGCCAUAUGCUGCUUCAGUAUAUGCCUGCCUGGCCAUGGGGUUCAGCACCCUGAAUGUCCCACAUGCUCCUACUGCCCUGGUGGGCCCUAGGGAUGACAGCUCAAGGUCCCCUGCCCAGCACUCAGGCAGGUCACAUACUUGGGUCUCAAGUCUGAGCAAGAGCAUGGGGAGCAGGACAGAUGUGUUGGGCCACAGUGGUUUCUGUCCUGCGUGUCCCAGGGACCGCCUGGCUCCAGACUCACUGUGUAACCCAAGGCCCCCUCCCUGGGCCCAGCCCUGCCCUGCUCCCCUCCUCCCAAGGAGCCAGAGCAGCACUGGCCAGGUGCUGUCCACUUGGCUCCAGGGCCGCCUUCCCUCCAUCUUUGCAUGUUUUUAUGGUGCAAUGCAAAUAUAAUUUUAAUUUCUCA